GCGGCAGCAGCUGGAAGACGCGGACAGGCAGAGGCACAGAAAGAAAACCCCGACCCCGACUCUGCAAAAGCAUCGUUUCUUUCCGCCGUUGGAUUUAACCCGCACCGACCCGUCUCCGCUACCGAAAUCACGCCAAGACAUGAGCUUCUCCCGCUGAAUAUUAUUGAUGCUGAACUGAGUGGUCCAGUGCUGUCCUCCAGUGUUUCCCCUCCCCUCAGUUUUCUGUCCCUCUGUCUGUCAUCUGGUUUGUGAGCAGCCAUGACAAAGUCCUACGAGUUCAACUGGCAGAAGCAUCUGCCUGAGUUCAUGCAGGAAGGCGCCUCCUUCGACAGGUUUGAUGAGGACCCGUACAUCUUUGAGCCCAAUUGUCAGAUGAAGGUGGAUGAGUAUGGCUUUUUCAUCACCUGGAAGAGUGAGGGAAAGGAAGGCCAGGUUCUUGAGUGUUCCCUCAUCAACAGUAUCCGUGUUGGUGCAGUCCCAAAGGACCCCAAGAUCUUGUCAUCGUUCGAGGCCAUUGGAAAGACGGAGGCGGACUUAGAGGGCUGCAUCAUCUGCAUCUGCAGCGGCACAGACCUGGUCAACCUCAACUUCAUGUUCAUGGUGGCGGAGAACCCAGACACAGCCAGGAAGUGGAUCGAGGGUUUGAGGUCAGUGAUUCACAACUUUAAGGCCAACAACGUCUGUCCAAUGACCUGCCUCAAGAAACAUUGGAUGAGAAUGUGCUUCCUGACCAAUGUGAAUGGGAAGAUUCCUGUGAGAGGCAUUACUCGAACAUUUGCAUCAGGAAAGACAGAGAAGGGGAUCUUUCAGGCUCUGAAGGAUCUUGGCCUUCCCAGUGGAAAGAAUGAUGAGAUUGAACCAUCAGAUUUCACCUUUGACAUUUUCUACGCACUCACACAGAAGAUCUGCCCUCGAACAGACAUAGAGGAACUCUUCAAGAAGAUCAAUGGGAACAAAACUGAUUAUUUAACUGUAGACCAGUUAGUCAGCUUUCUGAAUGAAAACCAGCGUGACCCUAGGUUAAAUGAGAUCCUGUUCCCGUUCUACGACCCCAAGAGAGCCAUGCAGAUCAUCGAGAAAUACGAGAGAGAUGAAGGUCUGAAGAAGAAAGGUCACAUGUCCAGUGAUGGGUUCUGCCGGUACCUGAUGUCAGACGAAAACGCUCCAGUUUUCUUGGACCGGCUGGAGCUGUACCAGGAAAUGGACCAGCCGCUGGCCCACUACUUCAUCAGCUCUUCCCACAACACCUACCUGACAGGGCGACAGUUUGGAGGGAAGUCCUCAGUAGAGAUGUAUCGCCAGGUCCUGCUGUCUGGAUGCAGAUGUGUGGAGCUGGACUGCUGGGAUGGAAAAGGAGAAGACCAGGAGCCCAUUAUCACUCAUGGCAAGGCCAUGUGCACAGACAUCCUAUUCAAGGAUGUUAUCCAAGCCAUCAAGGAGACAGCAUUUGUCACUUCAGAGUACCCUGUUAUUUUGUCCUUCGAAAACCAUUGCAGUAAACCACAGCAGUACAAGAUGGCAAAGUAUUGUGAGGAGCUCUUCGGUGAAUACCUCCUCAAACUGCCUCUGGAAAACUACCCGAUUGAAUCUGCGCGCCCCUUACCCUCUCCAAAUGAUCUCAAACGUAAAAUCCUCAUCAAAAACAAACGCUUGAAACCUGAAGUUGAACAGAAACAGCUAGAGGCCUUUAAGAAACACAUGGAGGCAGGGGAGACCAACACCCCUGCCAUCAUUAUGGGAGAGGAGAACGAAGACGACACAGAGAAUGGAGAAAAGGAAGCUGAGGAUAAGGAUUUGAAUUCUGAGGCCCCCAGCAGUCUGUCAGAGGCAACCAGUGAGAAAGAGGCCAACAGUGUUUCACAGAGUAAUGCUGUCAGCUCGACGAAAGAGGAAGAACGCAGCAAUAGUAUCAAGAAGGUGCCUGAAGAUGAAGUGACAGAGAUAUCCGAAGCCACAGAAGCAACAGAUGCCACAGAUAUAUCAGAGGCAUCUGACCAAGACAAUAACAAGAAGGGUGGGGAGGAGGGAGAAGACUCUGAAGCGGCUAUAAUAGCUCAGUACACUUACGUAGGAGCCACCACUAACAUCCACCCAUAUCUCUCAGCCAUGGUCAACUACGCACAGCCUGUCAAGUUCCAGAGUUUUGAUGUGGCAGAGGAACGGAACAUCCACCAUAACAUGUCAUCUUUUAACGAGUCUGUUGGUCUGGGCUAUCUGAAGACCAAUGCCAUAGAGUUCGUCAACUACAACAAGCGUCAGAUGAGCCGUAUCUACCCCAAAGGGGGUCGGGUAGACUCCAGUAAUUACAUGCCUCAGAUCUUCUGGAACGCAGGCUGCCAGAUGGUCUCGCUCAACUUCCAGACCCCAGAUCUGGCCAUGCAGUUGAACCAGGGGAAGUUUGAGUACAACGGCUCCUGCGGGUACCUGCUGAAGCCCGACUUCAUGCGGCGGUCAGACAGGAUGUUUGACCCUUUCUCAGAGACGCCGGUGGAUGGUGUCAUUGCUGCAACCUGCAGCGUACAGGUGUUCUCUGGACAGUUCCUGUCAGACAAGAAAAUAGGCACGUACGUUGAGGUAGACAUGUACGGGCUGCCGACAGACACCAUCCGGAAGGAGUUCCGUACUCGUAUGGUGAUGAACAACGGACUGAACCCAGCCUACAACGAGGAGCCCUUCGUCUUCAGAAAGGUGAUCUUACCAGAUCUGGCAGUACUGCGCAUCGCCGUCUACGACGACAACAACAAGCUGAUUGGCCAGCGCAUCCUGCCUCUUGACGGCCUGCAGGCUGGCUACCGUCACAUCUCGCUGAGGAACGAGGGCAACAAACCCUUGUCGUUGCCCACCAUCUUCUGCCAAAUCAUCCUCAAGACCUACGUGCCCGACGGCUUUGGAGCAAUUGUGGACGCCCUAUCAGACCCAAAGAAGUUCUUGACCAUUGCAGAAAAGAGAGCCGACCAGAUGAAGGCGUUGGGGAUCGACACGAACGACAUAGCAGACGUUCCCAGUGGAAGCUCCAAGAAUGACAAGAAGGGAAAAGGUAAAGGAGACACAGUGAAGGCCAGUGUGACACCGCAAGCCAGCUCAGACAUGGCCCAGUCCUCCAACGCCGCCCAGAAUAACACAGCAGAAACCAAGAAGGAUACCGCACUCGUGCCUAAUGUCAGCAUUGAUGACUUAAAACAAAUGAAGACGUACCUUAAACUGAUUAAAAAGCAGCAGAAGGAGCUCAACACUUUAAAGAAGAAGCACUCAAAGGAUCAAAAUACAAUGCAGAAAGCCCACUGCACCCAGGUGGACAAGAUGGUGUCUCAGCAUGAUAAGGAGAAGACAACCCUGGAGAAGCUACUAGAGAAAGCCAUCAAGAAACGAGGGGAAAACAACUGCCAGGAGCUGAAGAAGGAGACAGAGGAUAAGAUCCAAACACUGAUCGCUGAUCACAAAGUCAAGGUAAAGGACAUCACAGCACAGCACACUAAGGAGUGGUCAGAGCUGAUCAGUAGUCACAGCAGCGAGGAGCAGGAGAUGAAGGACAGCCACGUCACACAGCAGUGUGAACACCUCAAGAAACUCCUGGCCACAGUCCAGGAACAGCAGACCAUGCAGCUCAAACUCAUCCAUGAACGGCAGAGCAAAGAGAUGCGUGCCAACCAGGCCAAGAUGUCCAUGGAAAACAGUAAAGCUAUCAGCCAGGACAAGAGCAUAAAAAACAAGGCAGAGAGAGAGAGGAGAGUGCGAGAGUUAAACAGCAGCAACACCAAGAAGUUCCUGGAUGAGAGGAAGAGGCUGGCCAUGAAGCAUCAGAAGGAGAUGGAGCAGUUAGAGAAAAACCAGAGAGAACAGGUGGAGAAACUGGAGAAGUUCAAUGAGCAGCUUUUGAAAUCACACCAUGCAAACAAACAGGUUCAAGGCCAAGGACAUGCAGCAGAUGGUGAAGUUGGAGGAGGAGAUGGACCGCAGACCUGCCACGGUGGUGUGAGCGACUGAGACCGUGUCACAAGCAAGCACGCACAUGCUCACACGUACACUUGUAUACAUAUACACACACACACACUCACACACUCAGUCACAGGUGCAGAAACACUCCACCAUGGAUAGCCCUCUACAGCCCAGAGACGUUUACCCUGCCUACAUCACUGUCUCUGGAUUUUUAUGUCAUGUUCAUACACAAACACACAGUAGCCCUCCCCACCACUCAGCUUCUGCACCCUUACCCAGCCCACUAACUUUACACCACUGAGCCAUUCUCACUGUUCGACAGGGGGUUUAACCACUUAGCGAGAGAGGAAAUGUUACCUCAAGACGAAGCAACAGAGUCUGACGCAUCCCCUCCUCCACUGUAUGUAGGUCUAACAUUUCAAUCGCCUUCAGUGUUCUCUGCAUCCUACAGGCAGCACAAGCUGCAGCCAUUGGUGGACGUGGACACACACACACGCGCGCGCGCGCACGCACACACCUGCACUGCAACACUCACGGGAAGUGGAUAUCAGUUCCCCUUUUAACUUGUUUGUUUUUUGUUUUGUUUGUUUUUUUAAUUGGUACCUGAUUAACUGCUCCAGAAACGCGUGGAAGAGGGGAGAAGAAUAUGUAUAAGAUUUAAUGUCAGUUCAGCACAAAUGAAUAAACUUUGUGAAAUACACUGUAUGCUACACACCAGUCCUGUCCUGAGCACUUUGUAUGUGAUAGGCCAUCAUAACAAUGUGGAAAAUGUAGCAGUGCACUACUGUAGGUUUUCUGUAUUUCAGUAAGAAUGUAUUUAAAAAAAAAAAAGAAUCACUGUAUGAAGGAGUGGCAACCCCUCCGUGUCAUCUAUUCCUACAAUGCAACUUAUUUGAUUUCACAAAGUGUUACUGACUUUUUUGUUGUUCAACAAUGUUAUUAAAAGGCUUAAUAUCUUGCUGAGUCAGAAAACUAUAAAGGGAUCACAUGGGUCGAUGUUCACUUUGAUUAUUAUUGCCAAUUUCUUAGUCGAGCUUUCUUUUCAUUUCUUGGAAAUACCUAGAAAAAUACCUAGAGAUUGUAUAACUGCUGUGCUUCACUUUGACUUGAAAAUAAUGUUUAUUUCCAAGUUAAAGUGAAGCAGUCUUCUUUUGUGUGUGCUUGUGCUCAGUUGCCACAAGUUUACACCUGCAAAACUUUAUUCUACAAAUGUUUGGCUCAAAAUCAUGUAUACUAUGCAAAACGCAAGUAACAAAUACAUGAUUCCCUCAAAGCUUAAGGUGUACAAAACACAGAAAAUCAGGACUAAAUAUAUUAGUAAUAGUAACCAAAUUGUGGUUGCUUUUUUUACUUUUAUUGUAGUGGUUAGAAUUGCUGCAUCCCUGCAGACCAAGGCAGUACUAUAACUACAUACAACACCAAAUUGAAAAUACCAUGAUAUAAUAAAGGGGGCAUGUACCAGUAAAUGUAAGGUUACAUAGGAUUAAAAUUGGCCUUUGCAUUAAGGAAUCUUGCACUUUAAACUAUUGUGCCAAAUCUGUAAUAGACUGGCAACAAAAUGAAUCCAUUUUUGGCAGCAUAUUAAUUCUGCUGUAAUACUUGGUUUUAAUUGACCGGCCCGUCGCCAUCAGACAAGAACUUUGGCAGACACAAUUCAAAGCCACCUUGUCGCGUCAGUUUCCCACUCAUUGAGACGUUGUUGAAGUGAAGUGCUCCCUUAAUAGCUUCUUGACUGCACGUUAGCAACCUCAGCUUGUAAUCCUCAUCAUUUCCCUGCUGGCCUUUGAUCAGGGGAGAUCAGAAUGAAUAAUUAUAACAAGUUUGUAACAGAACCUGUGACACGGCUGACACGCACAUGCUAUCCACACCAGGAAUUUCAGCCCAGGCCUCUGUCCCAAACAAGUUCCCCCUAAAUGUUACUGUUUGUGGGACUACAGAUGGCUUGAAGAGGCACUAUUGUACGCAGCCCUGGUGACACUGCUGGACAAAAAGGGCACCACAGAGAAACAGAUGUGACUCGACAGUACUAUUGUGAAGUAAUCCUGUGGGUACUAUAAUGUUUGUGCACAUAUGAUGACGCCAGGCAUUCACAUUGCAUGGCACAACACUAAAAAAAAAUGACAAAAGUCAUAAUUAUGAUGAUAUGAAAACACACAAAAACAUGGGGAUAAAAGCACCUCUAGGUGUUUUGGCCUUUUUGAAGAUUUUUUUCCCUGUUUUAUUCUGCUGUAACACAUGUAAAGGGUAGAUGGGAUGUUUUUGUAUAUACUGGAAUGUAUGUAGUUGAAUUUACUUUUUGACCAACUGUCCUCUGUCAUACAAGGGCUCAGGGGACAGAAUUGGUCUGUUGGAUGGUGGGAAAGACAUUAAUCAGCCACUGGGUUUUCUUGUUUGUUCUUUGUUUCUGUUCUCCAGUCUGCCCUUACUGCACCACACAACACAGUAUAAAGCUCUCACCACAUAUCUAGUGCAGAGAUAAACGAGUAAAAGUGCUUUUAAAUUUUAUUCCAUCGCUUUCAAAUGUGCCACUCAGUGUCUGUAGGAAGUUAAAAUUAUUUUAUGAAUGAUAAAAUGCCAAAUUAAGGGGUUAUUUAUAUGAAGAUAUAUAUAAAUAAAUGACUAUAUAUAUUAUAUAUAUUAGAUAUAAUGUGUAGUUUAAGAUUAUUAUGUUAGUUAGAGGCUUUUUUUGCACUAGUUGAAUGUUUCUGUUGUGUGACUACAUGUAACCUUUGGCUCUCUAGUUUGUCAAAAAACAAAAAAAGCAGAUUAUUUUUGCAGAGCGUCACUGAUUUGAUUUCCUCAGUUUCUACUGUAUCUCCUCUUUGUUUUCUAUUUGAACUGUAGCUUGUCAACAAACCAUUCUGUGCGUGUUUUUGUAUUUAUAUUGUAUUGUUGAACUUCAAGCAAUGAAAAUACUGUUGUUAUCCAGCUCCUUUAAUACUGUUUUAUAGUAUGUGUAUCAAUAAAUCCAGGUGUAAAA